AAUCGUUCGAAAUUUCAUAACUAUUUUUGAUCCUGCCUUUACACAGCUCUGUCGAUUGAGGUAAAGCGCAAUGUUAUACCUUCCAUCUACCUAUCUUGAUUAUCAGUUACUUAUCAAAACUGUGAUUCUCUACGUAUACCUUAAACGCUGGCUUCGAAAGGCGAACGACAUCAUUGGAUUAGUAUCAUAUAAACCAUAGUCCAAUCGUCCUAUCAAUGAGCUUGAAUAAUGUUCAUUUCAAGCGUUCUGACUGUGAAUCUGACCAAGCAGGAAUUGUGCUGAUAAGAUCAUAAUUUAUUGGAGGAGUCAAAUAAAAAAGAAAUAAAAUGAAGCGGUCGUACGUUGAAACUCUUCCUGAAGCCUGCUACAUAGAUGCUGAAAACCUCCUAGGUGAAACAACCGUGAAACGGGAUGAAAGUGUCAAUGAGUUGCAAAGUUGGCUUGCCCAAGAACAUCAGCAGAUCACUAUCAACAACGAUGUGCGCUAUCUGGUCUACUUUUUGCGUACCACCAAAUAUGAUAUCGAGAAGGCCAAACAGAAGAUAUUGAUGUACUGUAAAAUACGUAUCGAACGUGUAGAAUGGUUCAAAAAUCGCGACCCUUUUGCGACCGACAUCUUAGAACUACUUGAUUUGGGUAUAUUUCUACCGUUGAGGCAAAAGGACCAACACAAUCGCCAAGUGGUCAUCAUCCGCACAGCUGCCCAUAAUCCGAAGUAUCAUACGCAGAACAAUGUAUUCAAGGUAGAUAAAAUGAUACUGGAUUUGCUUCUAUUUUUGGAUGAAACCAUCUCAAUUUACGGGAUCGUGGCAGUAUUUGAUAUGAAAAACGUUCGCCUUGCGCAUGCUUUACAGUUGAAUGCUGCACUUAUCAAAAGGACGGUCGUUAGCUGGGAAAAUUACCCUUGCCGUCCCAAAUUACUCGAGUUUGUAAACGCUCCUAUGCAUGUGAGUGUGGUACUCAACAUUUUCCGGAGUUUUAUGAGUGAAAAGAUGAAGACCCGUAUUAAAAUUUCUAAUCGGGGUACACAAAUUGGUCAACUAGUCAACCUGCCUCCGGAGCUAGAAGGCACUGGAGAUUCAUAUCACGAUCUAACGGUGUAUUGGAAAAAAAAGGUUCAAGAUCAUGCAUUUUGGUUCGCAGAAAAUGAACAUCAGCAACAAGCGUAGUAACGGCUUUCUUUUUUUUGUUCUCACUUGAUGUUGAUUAUGUUGUUAUUUUUACCAUACAAAUUUAUAUUUUCAUUUCACAUAUCAGUAUCAGUCGUCGUACAUCAAAUCAUGCUAUUUGAUCGUUACACAUUAUUGUUUGUAUGCAGUUCUUAUAAGUUGUAAUAAUGCCUCUGUGGUGAUAAAUUUUCGACAUAUCAAA